AUGAGCGCAGAGGAACAGGACCGGCUGCGGUCCCUCUUUCACACCUACGAUGUGGACAACUCCGGGCAGAUCGAACGAAACGAGUUUCUCACAAUCUGCGCAGAGCUACAGGUGUCAGCAGCCGAGGCUGACCGAAUAUUUGACCAGUUAGACGUCGACAACGACGGCACUGUCACCCUGCAAGAGUUCAUCAGCGGAUUUCACGACCGCUACGAGGCGGACAUGGAGUCAGAAGGAGGCGACCCGUCCGCAGCUUGGGAAGACUUUGAGAGCAGACUGAACGAGCAGGCCAAGUUCAUCCCCAGGCGUGAGCAAGCAGCAACACUGUAUCAGAACAUCAGUCUGACUGAGCCCAGACUGAUUCCUCAGUUUGAGAAAGUCAUCCUCAACUUCACCAAAGAGAUCAAACAGCAGAACUCAGAGAUGGAGAACUUGGCACUUGCCAUCAAACGAGCGCAGGACCAAGCAUCAAUGCAGCUCAGUGAAAUGGAGGAAGAAAUGGACCAACGCAUUCAAGCUACCGAGAGAAAAACACGUGAGAAGGAGAAGAAGCGAGCAGAGGCUUCGCUGAGUGAAUUACGAAGAAGUUAUGAAACUGAAGUGUGUGAGCUGCAGUGUAAGAUCCAGAGGAUGCAGAUGAUAGAGGAGAAGUACAAGAACAUCACAGUGAAAGACGAGAGCCCGGCCUUGAAGAAGAAGAUCAAUGAGCUAACACUGGAGAACCAGCGGUUAAAGCAGGAGCUGCUGAGGUCUCAGACCAAAGUCGCCUGCCUGCAGAGUGAGAUGGACUCGCUGAAGACCGAGCUAACCGAUCAAAGCAUCAACUCUGAGCGAGACGAGGAGCUCAUGAAACACUUCUCUGAUGAACGAGACAUCCUGGAGAAUCAGAUUGAUAUUCUACAGACAGCCAACAGGAAGCUCCAUGACAGCAAUGACGGCCUGAGAGCAGCUCUGGAGAGGAUAACGAGGCAGUCUAACGGAGGAUCACCAGGAGAAUUUAAGGAAAGAAGCAGAAGUAAAAGCAUCUGCUACACAUCACCAUAUGCAUUAUUAGACAGGUACCGCAUGGACGAGUAUCCUCUGUUCAGCCGCCGGCCCAGCGGUGACACCCUUGCCUUGGCCAUGUGUGACCCUGGCCUGAGGCGCAGGCACAGCAGCGAGUGUGAGGAGGACAGCCUGCCUGAGAUCUACGUGGACAGUGGCCUGUCGACGCUCAGAGGCUCACAUGGAGGCUAUGACUCAGAGCAUGAGGUCAAGGGUCAAGAAGAAGAAGACGAGAAUCACAGUCCGGAGAAGAAAAAGGAGGACGACGAUAACAACGACAGUGUAAUCGGAGAACUCUCUGACACUGAGCCAGCAGAGACACAGGAUGGGGAAUCAGCAUUCGGAUCAGACAGCAGCUCAGUUUUGGACUGGAAGCCGUCUGAACCACCAGCUCCAACAACGAGAAAGGCCCUCAGUGCCAUCAAUGUUCAGAAGGAGGACAAGGACAGCACUGACCUGGGCUACAUGACGUCUGAGAAGGCUUACAGGAUCGUGUUAGCUGGGGACGCUGCUGUGGGGAAAUCCAGCUUCCUGCUUCGCCUCUGCAAGAAUGAAUUCAAAAUGAACUCUAGUGCAACUCUGGGAGUGGAUUUCCAGAUGAAAACACUAAUCGUGGACGGAGAGCCCGUGCUGCUUCAACUCUGGGAUACGGCGGGGCAGGAGAGGUUUCGCAGUAUUGCGAAGUCUUACUUCCGCCGGGCAGACGGUGUUUUGUUGCUGUACGACGUCACCUGCGAGAAGAGCUUCCUCAAUAUUAGAGAGUGGGUGGAUAUGAUUGAGGAUGUGUCCCACGAGGACAUUCCCAUCAUGCUUGUGGGUAAUAAGUCUGAUCUUAGACAAGGUGGAAUUGGCUGCGUUCCUGCCAGCUACGGGGAGAAACUUGCCAUGACAUACAACACUCUGUUCUGUGAAACUAGCGCCAAAGAUGGAUCCAACAUCCUGGAGGCCGUGCUGCACCUGGCCAGACAGGUAACAAAGUUCGCCAACUAUGAAGAAAUAAGCAGUCGUCAGUCGCUGCCGAUUUUAGACGCUCCCAGAAAUCAGCCAAAAUUCUCCUGCUGCACCUGAUCAAACUCGUCCACACUGGACUUAAUGUGGACUGUGCACAUGCGAAAAGACAUUAAAAGCAGAGCAGGAACAAAUUAUCAAUGUGAAUAACCGCAGCUGGAUUAAGAGGGUGAAGUAAAGAAGUGGAGAGACGGGACAUUACAAACAUUUAUUUGCUAAAUCUUUUAACCGCUGACUUUGUCGCUGGAUCUUGGCUUAAACCUCUCGCCAAGUUUUUUUCAUUAUGCUAUAACAAAUUUGCCUUUUUCUGUUUGGUGUAAUUUACACUGUUUGACUAAUAAAGCAGGUGACACAGGAGAAGCGAAAGGUAGCUGUGAGAGUAAAGUAGACUUUUAAUGUGAGGUUUAAAUCUGAGGCCAGGUGAGUGAGCAUGGUUGUGAUAUUUAUGUUGUUAAAUAUUUGCACAUGGCAGAAAAUAGAAAGUUAGUUUGGUUUAUGUUCCUGACAAGAAAGUACAGAUCCUGAUAUACAGUGUUGCAAAAAAGUUUGUUUCCCCUUUCCUGAUUUUUUUUUUUUUUUUGGCAUAUUCGUCACACUUCAGUUCUUAUAUGAUGAUUUCAUUUAUUAAGGGGGGUAAAGCUGUUUAAAUCCACCUGAUAUGAUGCAUGAAUGGCUUGUUUAAGGUCUCAAUCUGAUUUAAGUCCAGACUUUGAUUUGUUUUUAAUCAUUCAGUGGUGGACUGGCUGGUGUAUUUCGGUCAUUGUCCUGCUGCAUCACCCAAAUACACUUGAGCUUCAGGGCAGGCUGUGUUAGUUGUAUGCAGAUGUGACAGGACUCAAACGCUCCAAAUUGUUAAACUUUUGGUUAAUUUGAGACAAGCUUUUGUGUACUCUGCCAUCGAUGUCAGUUUUGCUCAGUUUCUUUCUCUUUGUUGCAUAUGAACACUGACCUUAACUGAGACAAGUGAGGCCUGCAGUUCUUGCUCUGGGUUCUUUUGUGACCUCCUGGAUGAGUCAUCGAUGUGCUUUUGGAGUAAUUUUUGCAGGCUGGCCACUCCUGGGAAGGAUCAUCACUAUUCCAAGUUUCCUCCAUUCAUGUAUAAUGGCUCUCACUGUGGUUCACUGGAGUCCCAAAGCCUUAGAAAUGACUUCAUAAGCCUUUCCAGACUGAUCCAUAUCAAUGACUUUGUCUCUCAGCCAUUUCUUUUGAUCAUAGCACGAUGUGUUGGGUUUUGAAAUCUUUUAGUCUUCUCCACUUUGUCACACAGCUUCUGUGGUUAAUCACAGAAACUCAUAACUAUGAUUUAACAACGGGAGCCAAUUACUUUUCCACACUGGACCAAGUAGAUUUUGAUAGCUUUUAACCAUUAAGAAAAGAUAAAAACAUUUAAAAACCUCAUUUUGUAUUUAAUCUGGUUAUCUUUGUCUACUAUUAAAAUUUAUUUGAUGAUCUGAAACAUUUAAAUGUGACAAAUAUGCCAAAAAACUAAGACAUCUAAAACUAAGUGGGUUAAUACUUUUUCAUGGCACUGUAGCUUUGCUCACCACUGCAACAAUCAUGUAAUUACAUUUGCGCUCGGUUAUUUUUCCUCUAUGUACAGCUUGAAAUGUUUGAUGUUAUUUAUGUUUAUGGUCAUAUCAGAAUUUACCGCCAUCACGUAGACACUAAGAAUCACGGGAGAGCCUAAAGUGACAAAGGCUCGUUCUCUGUUCAUCACUACAAACCCUGGUGCAAUAUCGCAACCUACCAUGUUUAUUAUUAUGAUGCCACAGCAGUGUUACUUUUUCGUCUUUUCACUGAGGAUAACUUUAUGUUGUAGAAUUUAGAGUAUGGCUUUAACUGUAUAAAGUUGUAAUCCUGGUGAUU